AUGCAUCCAGCCGAUGUUGAGAAAACAUAUGGAUCACCUUCUUUGCGUUGUGUGAGCCCGUUUGAGCUCGAAAACAUACCGACCGAGUCUAGUCAUGAUGCCGUUCUCGAGGCCAAGUCGCAGUCGAAGUUGGAGCGCUGGUUAGCUCGCUUCAAUGUGGAGACACGGGGAAUUGGAAGGAUUUCUGUGGAAGAGCGAGAGCCGGUCACAGCGUCGACAUCGUUGCAUAUGUUUUUGAUGUGGUUUAGCAUGGCUUUGGCUAUCAACAACAUCAUUGUCGGGUCUUUGGGGACCCAUUUGCUAGGUCUAAGUUUCAAGGAUGCAGCCUUGUGUGCAGUUUUCGGCAACUUGACAGGCGUUGCGGUAGUUGGCUAUAUGAGCACUUGGGGUCCGCGGAGUGGAAAUCGCACCUUGAUCGUCAGUCGAUACUUCAUGGGCUACUACCCGAGCAAAGUCUGCUGUGCACUGAAUAUUCUUACCAAUAUUGGUUAUAGCAUGAUCAACAGUGUGAUCGGAGGUCAGAUCCUAUCGAAGGUUUCUGGAGAACAUAUCUCCGUGCUGGUGGGUAUCGUGGUUGUUGCGAUGACAAGCUGGGUGAUGGCAAUGGUUGGCAUGCGCAUAUUCCAAAUAUAUGAACGAUUUGCAUGGCUUCCUCAACUAAUAGUGCUAUGCGUGAUGCUGGGCUCCGCCGUCCCUCGUUUCAACUUUAAAGUUCAUACCGAGUACACAACAGAGCAUCUAAAUGCAAAGCGUAUCACAUAUUUUUCUCUCUGCGCGUCCAUCGCUCUCGCUUGGGCUCCGCUCGCCGCCGACUACUUCGUUUACUACCCACCGCAUGUCAAGCGCUGGAAGACAUUUACCGUCACCACAUUGGGAUGUGGUCACGCUAUGAUAAUUACGCUGCUGAUUGGCAAUGGACUGGGCACUAUACUCGCGACUUCGCCCUCUUACCUCGUCAAAUACGGCAACACCCCUGGUGGUCUUCUGAUGACAGGUUAUGAUUCCCUCGGAGGUUUUGGGAAGUUCUGUGCCGUGGUUAAUGUUCUCGCACUCGUUGCAAACAAUACUCCGGGCGCUUACUCCAUGGGAAUGAAUUUUCAAAUGUUGGGCGACUGGUUCCAAAAAGUCCCGCAGCCUGUUUUCACGACUCUCACCACUGUGAUUUAUACCGCCUGCGCGAUGGGCGGACGUAACUCCUUGUAUCAAAUCUUCAAGGGCUUCCUGCCACUGAUUGGAUAUUGGAUCGUCAUCUGGAUAGUCAUUGUGGUGGAGGAAGAUAUGUUCUUCCGAAGACAAGGGUACGAUUGGGCUGCUUGGAACAACCCGCAGAAGCUACCAUUGGGAAUUGCCGCUGGAGUUGCUUUUCUGAUUGGAUGGGGAGGUGCGAUCGUCGGCAUGGACCAAGCAUAUUAUUCCGGCGUCAUUGCUCAAGUGACCGGUGGCUCGGAUCUCGGACUAUGGGUCGGAGCAGGGUUCACCGCAGUAGUAUUCCCACCGUUGAGAGUAUUCGAGAAGUGGUACAUUGGCCGCUAA